AUGGCUCUUUCUGAGACGUGGGUACAGUUUGUAAUGGCCGCCACUCUUCCCUGCUCCACAGACCAGGCCAGCAUCCAGGCCGCCGCCCUGCCUGGCACUGACGGCUGUCUGGCCUCCCCGAGGGUCCCUGCAGGACUGGACGCGGCGUGUGCUGGCGGGAGUGGUGCUGCGGUGGAGGUCGUGAGGCCGGGCAGCAGCAUGAGCGGCCGGUGGCGGCGGCAACAGCAGCAGCAGCAGCAGCAGCCAGCCUCAGGUGUGAGGAGGCGCAGGUGUGGUGGCAAGAAUCACCUGGAGGCAGGCAGCUCUGUCCACAGAGGAGAGAGCAAGUUUGAGUGCCAGCAGUGUGACAAAACUUUUGUAUCCAGACAAGGCCUUAAGUACCACACCCUGACACACAGUGGUGUUAGAAAUUAUGAGUGUGGUGAGUGUAGCAAGAAAUUUACCCAAAAGUGUCACCUCUCCAAACAUACCCUGACACACAGUGGUGUUAGAAAUUAUGAGUGUGGCGAGUGUAGCAAGAAAUUUACAAGUAAGUCUAACCUCACCACACACACCCUGACACACAGUGGUGUUAGAAAUUAUGAAUGUGAUGAGUGUGGGAAGAAAUUUAUCCACAAGUAUUCCCUCACCUCACACACCCUGACACACAGUGGUGUUAGAAAUUAUGAGUGUGAUGAGUGUGGGAAGAAAUUUAUCCACAAGUCUUCCCUCACCUCACACACCCUAACACACAGUGGUGUUAGAAAUUAUGAGUGUGAUGAGUGUGGGAAGAAAUUUACCCAAAAGUCUUCCCUCAACACACACACCCUGACACACAGUGGUGUUAGAAAUUAUGAGUGUGAUGAGUGUGGGAAGAAAUUUACCCACAAGGGUAACCUCACCAGACACACCCUGACACACAGUGGUGUUAGAAAUUAUGAGUGUGAUGAGUGUGGGAAGAAAUUUACCCACAAGUCUUACUUCACCAGACACACCCUGACACACAGUGGUGUUAGAAAUUAUGAGUGUGAUGAGUGUGGGAAGAAAUUUACCCACAAGGGUAGCCUCACCAGACACACCCUGACACACAGUGGUGUUAGAAAUUAUGAGUGUGAUGAGUGUGGGAAAAGAUUUACCACCAUUUCUCGUCUCAAUGAACACGCCUUCAGACACACUGGGGUGAGGGAGUUCGAGUGUGAUGUUUGUGGCAAGUGUUUCAAGACAAAGGGUGAUAUUGCCCAGCACGUGAAGAUCCACUUCUGAGGUGGUGGUGUGUGGACACAUGGGGCCACACCUGUACCUGUGGUGGUGGUGGUGGUGGUGGUGGUGGUGGUGGUGGUGGCCGUGCCUGUGUGUGCUGUGAGGGAGUCAUGACCACAGCAGUUUUGUGUGGUGGUGGUGGUGGUGGUGGUGGUGUGGGGGAGUCAUUGCCCCAGCAGUUUUGUGUGGUGGUGGUGGUGGUGGUAGUGGUGUGGGGGAGUCAUGGCCCCAGCAGUUUUGUGUGGUGGUGGUGGUGGUGGUAUGGGGGAGUCAUGGCCCCAGCAUUUGUUUUGUUGGCAGUGCAGGUGUGACUUUCAAUAAAUGUGUGUGUGCAGUAAACCUUUGUUUGUGUAUUCACCAGGUGUAGUAUACAGGGCCUCAGCUACAGGAAUAUAUUGUAGUGAGGCAGCCCCUCUCUCUCUCCUUGCCUCAAGUGUUUGUGUAUUCACCAGGUGUAGUAUACAGGGCCUCAGCUACAGGAAUAUAUUGUAGUGAGGCAGCCCCUCUCUCUCUCCUUGCCUCAAGUGUUUGUGUAUUCACCAGGUGUAGUAUACAGGGCCUCAGCUACAGGAAUAUAUUGUAGUGAGGCAGCCCCUCUCUCUCCUUGCCUCAAGUGUUUGUGUAUUCACCAGGUGUAGUAUACAGGGCCUCAGCUACAGGAAUAUAUUGUAGUGAGGCAGCCCCUUUCUCUCCUUGCCUCAAGUGUUUGUGUAUUCACCAGGUGUAGUAUACAGGGCCUCAGCUACAGGAAUAUAUUGUAGUGAGGCAGCCCCUCUCUCUCCUUGCCUCAAGUGUUGUGUUUCUGUUUCUUUUUGUCUCCCUUCACACAUUAGGUUAUGUUAAGUCUGGCACCAUCUUUGCCUCUCUCUCUCUCUCUCUCUCUCUCUCUCUACCGGUGAGGGAGCACACAAGUGUAGCAGCUAACAGUUUCUGUGUAAUUGUCGUGGUGGUGACUUUCCUCCUCAUGUUCUUGUCCUGGAAGGGAAAGGUUGCCCUCGUGUUCCUCACCAUCCUGUUGUGUCACCAACCGUGUUGUCUGUGUGCUUGUUUGGUUAUGACUGGCCCUGUAUCACUGCGCCCUCAUCUUUGCUCCUUCACUGCUGCCAGCUGUGCCCGUGGUCAUGAUGACGGUGGUGAUGGUGAUGAUGAUGGCGAGCGAGACAUUCAAAGGAGGGCGUGCACGUGCAUGGUGGUGAGCAGGUGAUUGGAAAGGCACAGAACGUUCAGGAUGGAGGAGGAGGAGCAGGAGCAGGAGUCUUUGUGUAUAGGAAGGAGAGGAAUGUAAGAGGAGAAAAGAUAGAUGUAGGCAGCUCUGUCAUGAAAGAAGGCGGCAGAGUGCACAGGGCACCCUGGAAUGUCGUGAAAGGCUUGCGGUGGUCGUGGUGUGCGUGAAGGGGGAGGGUGAGAGGGCAGGCAGAGACAACACCAAGAGUUAACCAGUGUUCUCGUUCAUUCUUCCCUUUCUCAGGUAAACGCUGGGACUCCCUGCCUGCUUCUGCAUUUCCUCCUUCCAAUGGCUUCAAGUCUUUCAACGAGGGGGAGGCUCAAGACAUCGUUUUAUUUAUCUAUUUUUAUUAUUCUCAUUUCAUUUGGCUCCUCUACAGGAACUGGCUUUAAGUUGGCUUUUUAUUCAAAUUUUUUGUUGUCCUUUUCCAACAGCCCUCUUACAUAAAAGAAAAUAACUAAAUAAUAAUAAGAAAAGCCAGUGUCACGGGGUGGCAAAACCACGCUGCCUGGAGAAAUUGUGCAUGGCGUGCCAGGUGUACCAAUGGAAGGAGUAUUGAGGCAGUGAAGGAGUCCCUGGAGACAAUGUGCAUGGCGUGCCAGCUGUACCAAUGGAAGGAGUAUUGAGGCAGUGAAGGAGUCCCUGGAGACAAUGUGCAUGGCGUGCCAGCUGUAGCAAUGGAAGGAGUAUUGAGGCAGUGAAGGAGUCCCUGGAGACAAUGUGCAUGGUGUGCCAGCUGUAGCAAUGGAAGGAGUAUUGAGGCAGUGAAGGAGUCCCUGGAGACAAUGUGCAUGGCGUGCCAGGUGUACCAAUGGAAGGAGUAUUGAGGCAGUGAAGGAGUCCCUGGAGACAAUGUGCAUGGCGUGCCAGGUGUACCAAUGGAAGGAGUAUUGAGGCAGUGAAGGAGUCCCUGGAGACAAUGUGCAUGGCGUGCCAGGUGUACCAAUGGAAGGAGUAUUGAGGCAGUGAAGGAGUCCCUGGAGACAAUGUGCAUGGUGUGCCAGCUGUAGCAAUGGAAGGAGUAUUGAGGCAGUGAAGGAGUCCCUGGAGACAAUGUGCAUGGUGUGCCAGCUGUAGCAAUGGAAGGAGUAUUGAGGCAGUGAAGGAGUCCCUGGAGACAAUGUGCAUGGCGUGCCAGCUGUAGCAAUGGAAGGAGUAUUGAGGCAGUGAAGGAGUCCCUGGAGACAAUGUGCAUCCCUGUUAGUUCAGUGCCAAUGAGACAACCUGCUACUGUGUGCCAGGGUGAUGAAAAUGCUGAACUCGUAUGUGUGUGUGUGUGUGUGUGUGUGUGUGUCAGGGUUUUUAAACUCAAAUUAAUUCACUAGUUUUUUGUUUACUUCUUUCCUAUUUUUUUUAAUAUUUUUUUUAUGCAUUCAA